AUGAAGACACCUAUGCAGAGCCUCUCUGACUUGGCUACUAUAAUCUCUAACCUUUCUAAGACUACACAUAAUUUCAUGACUGAAACUAGGUCUUCCAUUAGGAACCUAGAAAUACAAAUUGGUCAGCUGAGCAAGAGGAUCCCAAAGAUUCCUUCAAACACUCUUCCAAGUAACACAGAGGUUAAUCCAAAGAAAGAGUGCAAAGCCCUCACUAUAAAGGUCAUGGCCGAACCCAAGGAAGGGAUUGCCAUUCAUGAGCUCAAGAUAAUCAGAGCUCAUGAGGAGGUUGAGACAGUCACCUUACACGCCCCUCAACUGAGAGAGGAAUCUGAAGAAUACUCUACUUUAGAAGAGGAUGAGGAGUCCAAAGAAUUGCAAAUUGCUUGGUACUUAGCCAUCCUCAGGAAGAUGAAAGCCAACUCCUCUCAUACAGAGACAUUGGAAGAGGAAGAUGAGCCUGUGGUGCUAGCCAAGAAGUGUAGUGCCUUGGUCCAAAAGAAGCUUCCUCAGAAGCUGCCAGAUCCCAGAAGCUUUCUAAUCCCCUGCACUAUAGGGACCAUCACUUUUGAGAAGGCAUUAUGUGACAUUGGUUCAAGCAUCAAUCUAAUGCCUCUAUCUGUGAUGAAGAGGGUAAGAAUACUGAAAGUGCAAAAUGCCAAGAUCUUAUUGGAGAUGGCAGAUAAGCCCCUGAAAAGGGCGUAUGGAAUGGUGGAAAAUGUCCUAGUUAAGGUUGAAAACUUUUACAUCCCUGCUGAUUUCAUAAUCUUAGAUAAUGGGGAGGACAGAGAUGAAUCCAUCAUCCUUGGAAGGCCUUUCUUAGCCACUGCCAAUGCCAUAAUUAAUGUAGAAAGAGGAAAUCUAGUCCUUAGACUACAAGAGGAUCAUAUCUUGUUCAAGAUCCCUAAUCCUCGAUCUUCCUCUGACAAAGUUGGUACCAUUGUGCAGCACAUUGUGUUUCUGCAUUCCCUCUAA